UCAGCUCCAGGAGGCGGGCCUUAAUAAAUACAGCCAAAUCGCUCCAUUUGCUAAAGAUCCUCCGCGGAAUGAGUUAUCAAUACGGGCAGGGUUAUCCGGGACCAGGUGGUAACGCUCCCCAACACCACCCGCCUCCAGGGGCACCGUAUGGAGGUGGUCCCGCUGGUGGACGGUAUGGUUCAGCUUAUGGCAGUGCCCCUCCAGGGCAACAGUAUGGUGGAGGGACUCCAUAUGGGUCUUAUGGUCAACCUGGUCCAAGAGCACCGUACGGUGGGGGCCAAGCUCCAGGAGGUCCUUACGGAGGCUAUGGACAACCCCAGGGAGGACCAUAUAGUCAGCAGGCACCUGCAGGUACCAUUCCUCCUGGUGUGAACCCUGAGGCCUACCAGUGGUUUUCGUCUGUGGAUUCAGAUCGUAGUGGCUACAUUAAUGCAAAAGAACUGAAGCAAGCACUCAUGAAUUCCAACAACUCCUCGUUCAAUGACGAAACCUGCAUGAUGAUGCUCAAUAUGUUUGACAAGACCAAAUCGGGACGUGUAGAUGUAUUUGGUUUCUCUGCACUGUGGACGUUUCUGCAGCAGUGGAGGGCAGUAUUCCAACAGUUUGACCGCGACCGAUCCGGAUCAAUUAACAGCAAUGAGAUGCACCAGGCAUUAUCUCAGAUGGGCUACAAUCUGAGUCCUCAGUUCAUUCAGGAGCUGGUGAAUCGUUACUCUGCACGCAGUGUCAACGGGGUUCUCCAGCUGGACCGCUUCAUUCAGGUCUGCACGCAGCUUCAAAGCAUGACCCAAGCAUUCCGCGAGAAAGACACCGCCAUGACUGGCAAUGUGAGGUUGAGUUACGAAGACUUCCUAUCUGGUGCCGUUUCCAGACUGAUGUAAAGGACUGCAUCAGCAAUUCAGAAGAUGAUCUGACUCCGAAUGUGUUCAGCAUGACACUUCACCCUGUCAACAGUGCCUUUCACUGCAGCAUACCCUGAUUUCACCACAUUUAUCUGAAAACUAUGUUCAUUAAGCAUUGCCAGCUAGCCAAUUAAAGCACUCACCGCAAAAGACUACCAUUGUGAUAUGGAUGUCUGUAAUGCAGCCAGUUAUUCAAGACUAAACUAAUGCCAAAAAUAUUAGUGGUACAUGUGAAUAAAAUGACAUUAGCUAUGCAAAUAGCACUAUUUACUAAUUAAUGGGAGUAUGUUAUAAAAGUAUAAGUACAUUUGAUUUUCUUUGUCAGAAUUAACAUUUCUGUACUUUUUGAAUGUUUGCAAAAAUUCCUGAUUAUGAAUACUUGAAAUGAAAAUAAGUUUAGGUUUCCCCUCCCAAGGAAAUUGCUUUUUUAUAUGAUAUUUAUGCUCUCCUAACACCCUUUUAUAACCUUUCCUUAUAUAUAAUGAUAUUUUUUUCUGCUGUUUUAAUUUUUUUUUUUUGCUUUUGCAGUUAAACAAUGUAGUUCAAGUAAUUCAGUUUGUUGUAUUUGUUUAAUUGUAUUUUCUCGUUUAUUUGUCAUUUUUCUUUU